AAAUACGUGCGAAAAGUCAAAACGACGACUAUCAGAUAGAGAAGAGAAUACAUGCUUGGCUACAUUAUUUGGUCCAUGCACUUGACAUAACAUAUUUAUUCAUGUCCAAGUUUAAACAAUAUAAACGCUCUGUUUUCAAACAUGAGAGCCUACGUUACUUUUCAACCACUUCUGCAGCAGCGGUGCUUGUUGCAGAUUCUCAUAAUCACUUUUCGACGUGCAAUGCUCAGACAUUGCAUUCUCCAAACUGCCAAAUGCAACCUACGAUAAAUCCUAAGUUUUUCCUAUCUAAACUCGUUGACUGUAGAAAUGUCUGCCAUAUCAGACAAGUUCAUGCUCAAGUGACUGUCACUGGGCUGCUCGAAAACUUAUUUGUUACAAACAAGCUUCUUUAUUUGUAUGUUCAGUAUAAAGAUAUGAAUGAUGCUUGUGAGAUGUUUGAUAGAAUGCCUGAGAGAGACCCUUAUUCUUGGAGUGUUAUGGUUGGUGGGUUUGCCAAGAUUGGUGAUUAUAUGAAUUGUUUUGGUACUUUUAGGGAGUAUGUUAGAACGGGCGAGUGUCCCGAUAAUUAUACGUUGCCAAAUGUGAUUAGGGCUUGUAGAGACAUGAUGAAUGUGCGUAUGGGUACGUUGAUUCAUAAUGUUGUGUGUAAGUGUGGGUUGGAUGUGGAUCAGUUUGUGGUUGCUGCCCUUGUUGAUAUGUAUGCAAGAUGUAGGGUUCUUGAUGAUGCGAGGCGGUUGUUUGAUAGAAUGGUGAGGAAGGAUCUUGUUAGUUGGACUGUUAUGAUUGGGGCUUGUGUUGAACUUGGUGAUGCUGGUGAAGCAUUGGUUUUGUUUGAUCGGAUGAGUGAGGAAGGAGUUGCACCUGAUAAAGUUACUAUGGUGACUGCUGUUAAUGCUUGUGCGAAAUUAGGAGUUAUGUAUAAAGCUCGACAAAUGCAUGAUUAUAUAUUGGGGAAAAAGUUUUCAUUGGAUGUGAUAUUGGGAACUGCAAUGAUUGAUAUGUAUGCUAAGUGCGGGAGUGUUGAUUCUGCUCGAGAGAUUUUUGACAGUAUGAGGGAGAAGAACGUUAUAUCGUGGAGUGCGAUGAUAGCAGCUUAUGGGUAUCAUGGAGAAGGGCGCAAAGCUCUUGAUCUGCUUCCUGUGAUGUUGAGUAGUGGGAUUAUGCCAAAUAGGAUCACUUUCGUUUCUCUGCUAUAUGCUUGUAGUCAUUCCGGCUUGAUUGAGGAUGGCCUGAGGUUAUUCUCCUUGAUGAAAGAAGAAUACUACAUAAGACCGGAUGUGAAACAUUUUACUUGUAUGGUGGACCUUUUAGGACGCGCUGGAAGACUUGACCAGGCUAUGAAACUGAUCGAGGAAAUGACUGCUGAAAAAGAUGAGGGGCUGUGGAGCUCACUGCUUGGUGCAUGCAGGAUUCAUGGUCAUACAGAGCUAGCAGAGAAGGCGGCACACUCUCUUCUUGAACUACAACCUCAGAAACCAGGGAGUUAUGUGUUGCUUUCAAAUAUUUAUGCCAAAGCAGGAAGGUGGAAAGAUGUGGCAAAGAUUAGGGAACUAAUGACACAUAGGAGACUGAAGAAAGUCCCUGGCUGGACUUGGAUUGAAGUGGAGAAUCAAACAUAUCAGUUUAGCAUUGGAGACCGUACUCAUCCCAAAUCUAAGGAGAUCUAUGAGAAACUAAUGAAUUUGAUAAAGGAGUUGGAGCUUAAAGGAUAUGUUCCUAAUACAGAUUUUGUGCUACAUGAUGUGGAUGAAGAGCUCAAGCUGGAUAGCUUAUACUCACACAGUGAGAAAUUGGCGAUUGCAUUUGGCCUUAUCAGCACAGCUGAAGGCAGUCCUAUCAGGAUUACAAAAAAUCUUCGUGUUUGUGGAGAUUGUCACACAUUUAGUAAAUUUGUAUCAGCUGUUACACAAAGGGUUAUUAUAGUGCGAGAUGCGAAUAGAUAUCAUCACUUCAAGGAUGGUGCUUGCUCUUGUGGAGAUUACUGGUGAUCCUCGUCAUCUGAUAUUUCUGCCAACAGAUCCUACCAGUUAGAGACAAAAGUGUCAACAAGAACAGAAGUAGUCAGACUUCUGAAAUGACUUCACCAACUCUGCAUGUUUCUCCAAGGCACUGAGCCACCAUGUACAUCUCAGUCACAGCCCCAACCAGAGACACCUUCCAAGCUAAAAACAUUCCAUAUGUGAAUGCAGAAUAUUUUUAGAAUAUAUUGCAAAUAAUAUAUAUAUAUAUAUAUAUUAAUUCCUGGUCUUAAACUUAACUGUUUUGUAGCAUGCAUGCUCUCGAUAGAACUGCCCUGAUAUUCCUGCACCCCUUCGGAGUUGAGUUUUUUUAAGCAUUUGAUGCUAUAAUAUAGCAAUAGAUACAAUUAUAGCAAUGCAUUGGACUUGCUCUCGGGUCUGGAUUUUUAACAAGAUCGUUUUGGGAUAUGUAGCCAAUAAUAGCGAGGACGGUAAUUUGUAGAAACAAGAGGGUUGCAGUGAACUCAGCAUUCCUCUUUAAGGCCCUGCAACCACAACGUAAUUCCUUUAAAUAGUUAUCAACUUCUUUGCAAGAGUGGGAAUUUAUAGAUAGAGAUUCUACACUUCUGUUCUGUUCGAUUGUAAGUAAUGAAAGUAGGUGAUACUUAAAUUAGAUUUCUAAUACUUUUAGGUAAACGUUCCAAAGUUUAUGUAGCAUUAAAAACCCCUGUUUUCUAUUCCUCCGUGUAAUACAUAUUCAAACCUUGGGCUGUUUCACAAAUUUGGAGCUGAGUGUC